UACAAGCAGACCGCGGGAGGUAUCGGCACUUCAGGACAGAGGCAUGCUUGCGUGAAGACAGACUUGGCUAACUUCUACUGAACGGAGAUGCAGGACUAAAAACCAUCAACACGAGAAACUUUCCGGAAAAUUGGAAAAGCGAAACGAAACUGAAAACAGUGGACUUACCGAUCGUGUUUGAAAAGUACAAGUUCAUCUUGACCAGCAAUCAUGCAGCAUUACGGCGUGAACGGCUACUCGCUCCACGCCAUGAACUCGCUGAGCGCCAUGUACAACCUUCACCAGCAGGCCGCGCAGCAGGCGCAGCACGCGCCCGACUACCGGCCCUCCGUGCACGCGCUCACCCUCGCCGAGAGGCUAGCUGACAUCAUCCUGGAGGCCCGCUAUGGCUCGCAGCACAGAAAGCAGCGUCGCAGUCGUACCGCCUUCACUGCCCAGCAGCUGGAGGCCCUGGAGAAGACCUUUCAGAAGACCCACUACCCAGACGUGGUAAUGCGAGAGCGCCUGGCCAUGUGCACAAACUUGCCCGAGGCUCGUGUGCAGGUGUGGUUCAAGAACCGGCGUGCCAAGUUCCGCAAGAAGCAACGCAGCCUGCAGAAAGAGCAGCUUCAGAAGCAGAAGGAGGCAUCAGGAGAGGGGCAGCAGGAGGACGGCAAGGUGGAGCCUCCCUCCGCCACUGCCACCACGGCCACGGCCACCACCGCACUCCCCGAGUCCCACACCCCACCUCCCCUCUCCUGCCCCUCGUCCGUGUCCGAGGCCGAGCAGUCGAUGCGGCCCCAGCCGUCCGAGCUGAGCGUGGAGGUGAACGUCACCUCCCCAGAGCAGUCGGGGAGCGAGUCGGCGGCGGAGGACAACAUCGACCGGGAGGAGGAGCUCAAGUGCUUCAGGGAGGAGCCUAAGGGGGAAGUGAUCCCGUUGCCCGGGAACCGGUCCCCCCCCUGUAAACACCUCAGCCCCAAGUCAGACUCUCCUCUCGGCUCUCCUGCCAUCCCGUCCUCCAGUGGUGUGAGCAGUGGGCUCGCCCAGAGCAACUCAUACGCCUCGUCCCCCCUGAGCCUCUUCCGCCUGCAGGAGCAGUUCCGCCAACACAUGGCCGCCACCAACAACCUGGUGCACUACCCAUCCUUCGACAUGGGCACCCCGUCCUCCUUACCCUACCUGGGCAUGAAUGUUAACAUGGCGGCGCCGCUGGGCACGCUGCCUUGCCAGUCCUACUACCAGUCCCUCACCCAAGCCCAGCAGGUGUGGAACAACCCGCUCCUGCAAGCGUCCGGGACGCUGCCCAGCCUUAACAGCAAGACCACCAGCAUCGAGAACCUGCGCCUAAGGGCCAAGCAGCACGCCGCCUCCCUGGGCUUGGACACCCUGCCCAACUGACUCCGAAGGGGGGACCCCUCCGCCUGCCUCUAUUAAGUCAGAGGCAGAAGCAGCCUCGUAAUCACCUCAUUUCUGGAACCAAACACUCUCUCUGUCUCUGACCCCAGGGACAGCUGCUUGGGUCCAGGAUCUACUUCUACUUCAACACAAAAUAUCCUCCAAAUCGGCUGAUCCCAGGUCAGCCUGAAGUAUUGUCUAGACAAGCGCAAUGCAGAAGGGGCAUGGUUUCAAAACCCAAAGCACUCAUCCUUCCAUGUGGAUAAACAUAAACAUACAAGACCAGCUUUCUUUUAUGUGUACGUGCCACCACAUCUGUCUUGAGUGGACUGUAAAACCAUAUCUAAUAUAACCAUGUACCAAGGAGGAAUGUGAAGAAAGAAGUUUAUUUAAAUGUGAUUUAAAAAAAAAAAAAACAGUAUUCUGUUUGGCUAUAAAGGAAUGUUCUGCUCAGAAAUGUUGAGACUUAAAAAAAAACACAAUGUUGUUCGUCCAUGGAUUCAUCGAGUCAUGUAAAUAACUCUCACCGUUUGUUCACAUCACCCUAUUUAGUCAGUGGUCCUGUGUUACUUUUUGUACAAAAAAAAAACAAAAACUGAAAAGAAGAAACUUUAAGAAGAUUUAAGAUAUUUUUAAAAAUGUCACUUUGUGAUUGUGUCCAGAGGCAGUUAUGUAUAGGGAGUCCAGACUCGACAAAACACGGACAUCAGUGUGGACAUUGUGCACGUCGGAGGGAGGCCGUAGUCACAGCAUCAAAACAAAUAAGUGAAAACCAUGUUAUGUAUUUUGUCAUUGUAGAUCGCAGACAUGUAUACCUUGAUUGUUUAAAUAAAUGUGAGUAAUUUAUCUGUUAAAUGCAAGGGA